GCCCCUGUUCGUCAAACUAUGGUCAUGCAUGUCGAGCCGCCUGGUGCUGCCUAUCCGGUUGACAAAAGAGGAAAUAUGGGUGGGGUCGCGGAGUUAGGUCACUCCAUAUAUCUAUCCUGGAUGCCCCGUGUUUGGCGCAGUGUCCUCAAGCAGCUUUAGAGCGUCGAACUUUGACUCGAUCCCUUCCACCCUUCUCAUCCUUCGAAGUUCGUUCUGAGCUUCCGAGGCCAUCUAUUACCCCAAAUUCAGCGAAGCAAAACCACGCCAUGGUCGGGGUCACCGACUUAGUGGCUGACAUGGGGUUCAUCGCCGGUUAUAUCGAAGCAGUUCCAGUAAAGUUUCAAUAUCCCGAGAUUCGUCCCUCGAGCCAGGAGGUCGCCCAACUCCACGAGCUGGCGGCUAAGAUACUCCAGCACGCAGAGACUCUCCAGACGAAGCUCGCCAAUUGCGUGGCAGGAUGGACAUCGGAAAUUUACCAGAAGGCAGAUAAGCAUAUGUCGUGCGCCAGACCAGCGAUCCAGGCUAUAACGCAAGGCCAGGUCAAAGGGCCGAUCCUCAAGAGAAACCUGGUAGCCAUCUUCCAGGGUCGGCAUGCCUCGAGCAUCGACUCUCCCAACGUCAGGGUGAGGAAGGAAAGAAGGACGCAAAAGUGCGAGACUCUUCGCGGUCUGGAACCUGCCGUCAUCCUGGCAUGGGGUGCCUCAUUGCCCCCAAGCACGUGGGAGGAAAUGGACCGGCUUGUAUUUAACGAUCUCAUCAAACAGGUAACUGAGGAGGCGCCCACAGACCUGCCGCCGAGCGUAAGAGAAACUAUCAGUGCUCUGGGGAAGGAAGAGCCUCUCUGCAGUAUCGCGAUAUACCACAAUUUCAUACGAGGUGGGCUACCCGUGUUGAUAGGGCGCGAGGUGGAAGGAAUUGCUGAGAAAACGGGGGAAACCCACAUAGGUAUCGAAGAACUCGCUGGCAGCCCGCCGGAACACCAGGGAUCAAAGAGACAGAGGCUCGAUGAGGAUGGGAGUGCUCAACGGCAGCCGGUGCCGGAUCCGGCUUCGCAUGGCGGAGACGCUGACCCGGCCUGGAGCGCCUCAGGCCCAGGCCCGUUGCCUUGGGUUGGGGCAGAGCCCCAAGAGUUGCAGUUGAACGAUGCACAAGACUGUGAGUAGCUCUGGCUUCACUUCCCACCCUUAAGAUGCGGAAUUUGGCUUGCUGAUGUGGAGUUUUGGAAAAGACUCCCUCCCCCUGAAUCAAUUGCGUUUCGAUGUGCCGGACGAAAAGGUGGUGGAUCUGCUGGGGCUCCGGACCA